UCUGUGCGGGCGGAGCUACUGCAGGAGUUUAUUGACACUGCAGAGUUUCACGAAACCACUUCCCUACACCGGCUACACAUUCAACACUUUCAAGAGCGCCAGAACUGGUUAUCAUAAUAUUCCUGUAGUGAAACUCUCUGGCAAAAUUCUGAAAAAAAAAAAAAAAAAAAAUGUCUGAGGUGUUUAUUUUCUUCUGUGUGUGUUCAUGGAGUCUGUAUGGAGUGUUUGGUGUUGAUGCCGUGAAGUCAGUGUCAGUGACUGAGGGAGAAUCUGUCACUCUAAACACUGAUACUGAAAUACAGACAGAUGAACUGAUAAUCUGGAAAACUGGACACAACGACAAUCUCAUAGCUACAAUCAAUGGAAAGGACAAUAAAACAGAUUUUCCUGAUGAGAGAUUCAGAGACAGACUUAAUCUGCAUCAAACUGGAUCUCUGACCAUCACACACACCAGAACCACAGACUCUGGACUUUAUAGAGUAUCCAGCACCAGAUCAGAGAAACCGCUCAACAUAUUCAAUCUUACCGUCAAUGCUCGUCUGCCUGUUCCUGUCAUCAGCAGAUACUUAUCUUCAUCAUCAUCAAAUUGUUCACUGUUGUGUUCAGCUGUGAAUGUGAGUGAUGCGACUCUCUCCUGGUAUAAAGGAAUGAGUGUAUUGUCCAGCAUCAGUGUGUGUGAUCUCAGCAUCAGUCUCUCUCUACCUCUGGAGGUGGAAUAUCAGGAUAAAAACACCUACAGCUGUGUGCUGAACAAUCCCAUCAGCAACCAGACCACACAUCUGGACAUCAACACACUCUGCCACACAUGUGCAGACUGCACCUGCUGUUGUGGUUUUACUGAAGCUGUGGUCCAAUUGGCUCUCUCUGCUCUGGUGGGCGUGGCUACUGUUGCAGUGCUGGUUUGUGAAUUCGGAUCAAAACCGUAGAAGAGUGAGCAAACACCAUUAAACUCUGGAGAUGUUCUUUAUCUGCUUUGAGUACAUAAUUGUCUUGAGGAAAUAUAUUAAUAAAAAUGUCAGUGAUUAUUAGUUAACCUUAGAUUCCAUUAAAAGAAAAUACAAAUAUUUUUUAAUUACAGUCAUGUUUUUAUAUUAUUUUUUACAAUACAUAUGUUCUAAACUAUCUUUGCAAAAAUAGUGAUCAAUGACAAUCGAUACAUAAUGAUCGUAUUCUUUUGUAUUAUUAUAAGCCUUGGAGUUUAAUUCAAGACACCA